CGAGAAGGUGCUUCUGGUGCAUGGCAUUGGGACGCCGUGCAUUGCAAUGGGGGACAUGGCGUGGGAGUUGGUGAGAAAGGGGUAUCGAGUAAUGCUCUUUGAUCUCUUUGGAAGAGGCUACUCUGAUGGCCCUUCCGAUACGGCAUACGACGAGUGCCUCUAUACGGCUCAGAUCCUCCUCGUGCUGGCAUCUUCAUCGCUGUCAUGGACAGGCGCCUCGUCCUUCCACCUCAUCGGCUACUCACUAGGCGGUGCCCUCGCCGCCGCCUUUGCAGCAUACCACUCGCACAUGGUGCGCUCCCUCACUGCCGUCUGCCCGGGAGGCCUCGUGCGAAAGGCCCAUGUCUCCUGGCAGAGCCGUCUCAUGUAUUCUCACGGCUUACUGCCCGAGUGGCUCCUCCGGGGCUGGAUGCGGUCACGGCUGGAACCGCAGCAUGGGCAGAGCGCGGAUGUCCCCGAGGGCGAUGAAGGAGAUGUCCACUUUGACGACGUGCGGAUUGCUGUCGGGAAGGAAGGAUCCGUCAGGGUCGGUGAAGUCAUCGGUUGGCAGCUGGAGGCCAACCCGGCAUUUGUUCACAGUUAUAUGAGCACCAUUCGCUAUUCGCCAAUCUACGACCAGCACGACAAGAUGUGGGCAGUUUUGAGCAGAAAGCUCGCUGCGAAUCGGGAGCUUGGUCGAGGGCUGCAACGGGUUUGCGUCAUUCUGGGAGACAAAGACGCUCUUAUUGUGAAGGACGAGUGGAUCGAAGAUACCAGGGCGGUGUUGGGCGAAGACGGCGUAGACGUUCGCGUGAUUCCUGGCAGCCAUUCCAUUGCCAUUUACAAAGGCAAGGAAGUCGUUGACGCAGCCAUUGCAUCGUGGAAGAGCAGUUGAUAGAGCAAGACCAGGUCAUCUUAGAGCAGUGGAACUGCGAGCAGCGGCGAGAUUCGGUCCAAAAAGAAUAGACAUAGAAAUUAGAAGUAUACCAAAAUAGAUGACUAGCGAUUGUUUCCAGUCUAAUGCUUUGAAGAAGGUUUCCGUAAAAUCGAUGCCGCCGUUCGAUCUAGGUCUUUAUAAGAAAAAGAGCGAAACGCCUGGUGGAAAAACAACUUUCAAACACGCACACCAUUACCAAACACCAAAGACGCCAUGAACCCCAACGCUUCCCAUGCCGCUAUAUUCAAAACCAAUCCCAAGCGCCUACUUAUCGAGAUUCCGAGCCUUGACAAAGCGGUUGAUUUGCUCCCUAGUA